UGUACAUGUACAUGUAUAGCUAGCUAGCUGGCCCUACACGUACGGUACGGGUCGAUCUCGACGACGCGGCUAGCUGAAGUUGGUUGCUUACGUAGAGUAGUGCGUAGUGACAGAUUGAAAUCGUUUGGCCUUAAUCGUCUGCCAAGCUCCAGAGAGCUGAUUUCGAAUGAUCCAGGAGUCGGAGGCUGAACCUGCUGCUGAAAGUGCUGCUGCCGCAAUGGGAAAGCUUACGGAGGGCCAAGUAAUGGCCAAAGCUCAUUCGUCGGAUUUGGAAAACGUCAAGAAACUCAACUGUUGGUGUGGAGAAUUGACAGAUGUCUCCAUCUUCCGCCAGAUGCCCAACAUUGAGGUCAUCAAUGUCAGCGUCAACAGCAUCACCACGCUGGAGGACUUUGCCCACUGCCCCAACCUGGCGGAGCUCUACAUCCGCAAGAACUGCAUCGGCGACCUGGCCGAGAUCUGGUACCUGCGCAACUUGCGCAAGCUGCGGGUGCUGUGGCUGGCGGACAACCCCUGCGCGGCCGGCGACCACUACCGGCUGACGGUCCUGCGCAUGCUGCCCAACUUGCAGAAGCUCGACAAUGUUUUGGUGACUAACGAUGAGGUGAACAGAGCCAUGGAGCACGGCCUGGACUUGGCCCCGCCUAUUGCCUCGCUAAGAUGGCAAGCCAAUGGCCACAUCGCCAAGGACAAAGACAUGAGAGACAGCUCAGUAGAAAUCAGCCUAGAUGAAACAAAUCGUUAUGUUACUUUCCCCAGUAAAAUCAGAGAAGAAUUGGGACUGAAGCCUUUGCCCGUCGACAAACUCUCGCCAGCCAAACACAGAACGGGCUCAAGUAAAGGACGGAAUGCCAACAUCCUGACGGCAGUACUAACCCUGAUCAAGGAGCUGGAUCAGGACACCCUGGAGGUGGUUGCCAACGCUUGCAAGGACCGCCUGGAGUCGUUAUGAUCCACGGCCGGAAAAACAAAACACCGACCCCGUUCCGCCCCCCUCUCCCCCUCCCCCUGUAUAGAUUCACCAACCCUUCCUGUGAGGAUACCUUUCCCCCCUUCCCUUCCACCCCCCUCAAGGGCAAAGCAACUUGCAGACAAGCUGGAGACAGCAGGAUCACCAUAGCUGGAUUGGCCGAGGAGGGCUUGCUCUUGACACGACGACGAUAGCAGGAAUUGGAAAAAAAAAAAAAAAAAGUCUUGGCAAAGCUACGGGCCCUAUGCAAUUACAGUCCCGCAAUCAAUAUGGCUAGAGGUAUACUGGGUCCGGUACUGAGCCCCCCCCCACCGCCACCACUGCCACUGCUACCGCCUCUCCACAAGAGUGGUGGGUCGACGUGGUUUGCUCCAAGUCAAUCAUGGAUUUGCAUAGAUGGCUUAAGCCCUUGUCGUUCUGCCAGGACACUGCGCAUAUCAAUCCCCUGGCCAGGUUGCCUGGGUGCAGUACACGAUAGCCUCUGCAUGACUUGAGUGUAUGACCAAUCUUCACCUAUCUCCCCCCCUUACCCCACAUUUUUCCAUAUACAUGGAAUUCAGAUUGUCGUUUGUCUCAAUUAAUGCACUCGGCCAUUGAACUGAUGCAUUUUUUUUCCCUUUGUGUCUCGUUUUUUUAUUAUGUGGAUUGUCUUUUCACUUAUUCGUUGUAGGCUUUUGGUUGGGGUUUAAAAUUAAGCUCACUUCAAUCCUGGAAAGCUGUCAAAUUAAUGAGAAAAGCAUGGGAGUCAGGUCCAGUAUUUCAAAAGGACUUUAUACGCAGCUGUGACUCAUGGAUCUUUUUUCCAAAGCCUACUUGGCUUUUUAUUCUUUUCCCUCUAUUAAUCCAAAGAGCUUUGCAUGAAUACAACAUGAACAUGUAUAGAAUUUUGCAUAUUUGUUUGCACUUUUGUGUAUUCAACAGUUCUCAUAUACCCAGUUUGACCAGUUGAAAUCCUCAGUUUUUAGAACUCUCUCUGUCAGAGAUGCAUACACAGCAUAUUCCUGUAUGAAAUGUGGGUGUGCCAUUUUUCAGGUGCCUCCUAUUUUUAUAAACACAUGGCCAAAAGGUAACUCGCCUUCAGAGAGGAUCGCAUCAAAUCUUUAAAAUUAGGAAACUGUAAAAGAGUCUUGCCAGAGGUUUGUUCAAAGUUCUUCUGAUGUCUUCUCGUGUCAGUACUAUAAGGUCCUUAUUGAAUUUGCUUUACACGUGAAAUCUGGUGAUGACAAUUUCGAGAAAUUUAUUGACCCCCCAGCCCUAGUCGUACAUAGAAAAGUGUCAGGGACAUGCUGUGUUUCAGUUGGACAUUUCUGUCAAUACUGGCUCAAAUCAUGUGACUGUCAUCAGGACCCUUUGGCACUGAGCUAACGAAAUGAACAACUUGAAAUUCAAACAUUUUGCCCCUUUAGUGGAAACAUUAAUAAAAUGUGUAAUAUGCACGUGUUACAUACCAUACUUUUCCAUUUUGGAUACAUGGAAAUAGGAAUUGUCCCCCAAGGUGGUUAUCCUUUGUCACCAUGUUAGGGGAACACUGUUCAGGGACUUUUUGGAUGGGAUUCAAAACAAGUUCACCCAUCUAGAGUCCAGAUGCCAUACAAUCCUAAUUAUCACAGGGAGCUAUUUGUAUUGGACAUGAAGCCAGUUCACCCAUCUAGAGUCCAGAUGCCAGACAAUCCUAAUUAUCACAGGGAGCUAUUUGUAUAGAUCGAGAUACCUUACCAACCCUAACAUUGUGACAGGCCAGUGAUACCUGACCUCACGUGUGACCCGAUCCCAACCCCGUGUACAUCGGAGCAGAAGAUUCCGAGAAUAAAAAUCACCUCAAGAAAGAUUUCUGCCUUCAAGAUUCAGAAGAAACUAAGUAAACAGCCCCGUCAUUGCCAGUCUUCUGAACAAGAGAACCUCUGACGCAAACUCCACUGGUGUGGCACAUUUCUCCAACAGCACGGAGGCACGCGCUGUGGACCACGGCGCAUAAUUACCCGCACGGCGUCGUUUUCACGGUUGGAUUUCCCCCCCCUCCUAAACACGCCUGAGGGCAUUGAGGUAACACCAAGCGUGUCCACAAGACUUUGCAUACAACAUACUGAAAGAAUCAAGGCAUGUCUUGAUGGUCACAGCCGUACACUCAUUAUUGGCCUGUGGCUUGUAACUCUGUCAAUUUUCAUCUGGAGUGAUUGAGGUGUUGACAGGAUUUGUGUUGAGCUUUCGGAGGUUGGCUGCACUUUGCUUGGGCUGGUUCCAAGAAACACUGUAAAAAUUACUGUAACUUUCCUGUUGAUUCAAAUAACCCACUUACACAAGUUGAAGGAUAAUUUGGCAGAUGUGUUUCUAAAUCUUUUCAUUCAAAGUAAGAAAAAAUUUUUUUGUAAUGGCCAGAAUUGUUCAUCUUUUGAAGGGCUAACACUGUAAACCGACACACAGAAGUUGGGCAUUAACUCCUUUUCCAGCCUUUCAGGUGACUUUAUGAUUUCCACACGUAUAAUUCAUUUGGAUUUAUGCUCGUUUUGUGGGUUCUGCUGGUUAAUUCAAUAUAUACCUGUUUGCAUCAUCUCGUAUGGUGUUUAGUUGUCAUGUCUUAUGGUGUUUAGUUGUCAUGUCAUAUGGUGUUUAGUUGUUAUGUAAAUGUACAUCAGUGCAAAAACACUUCAAGAAGUGCACCUCCUCUGAUACGAUGUUGCUUUGCGUGACAAAUGUGCGUGUGUACAUACAGUCAACACAUUUAAACAGUUAUGUUGUAGAUUAAGGUAUACUUUUCAAUGAAGGUCGUUUCAGUAAACUCAUGUACACAUGGUUCACACAAGGGACAUCGUUUGGUGUGCUGUUGUGAUGCCAGGUGGGCUACACAGUUGUGUCCUUCCCAAUAUGCACUUGAGCAAAGUUUUUGGUAACCAACAGCAGGUCAGCAGGUAAAAUCUUACAAGUUGUGCUUUGUUUGGUAAUGAUUCCUGGCAGACUUUUGCUGUGACCUUAUUCUCUGCCGAGUGGUCCCACUGAAUUUGGCCUGACACUCAACAAUUGCCAAUGUAAAACUGUUGCAACGUUUCUUGAGUUAGCACACAAUAAGCAAACUUUGCACAACAGAGGAUCCGGACAAAAGAAUCCAACUUACAAAUUAAUUGCGUCUGCAGAGAGGAGAGGCAGGAAUAUUUUCCACAAGUAUUUUUGUAAAAUUGAGAAAUUUUGUAGCACUGUUACCAAGUAACAUAUUUGCAGAAUAAGGCUGAAGACAAAAUAUGGUUGAAUUGUGGGAUACUGUUCUUGUUAAUGCGUGACGUUACCACCAUGAAUUCCAACAAUCUUAUAAGCCACAUGUACACUUAUUUUAAUAAUUGUUAUUAAUCGGUAAUUUUAAAAAGUGUCAGCUGUUUCUAAGUCCUGUAUAGUGUUUUUGUAUUUGAAAGUGUUCCAUGUUUGUAUACAAAUCAAUGCAAAACUGGGGGGGGGGACAUUGCAUUAGUCUGUUCUGCUUCAGUCGGGGGUUUUCCUUGCUUCGGUGGCCGAUUUGUAUAUCGCCUACAUGUAACUGCAUAUGUACAUAGACACACCUUGAUGUAAAUACAUUUAUUAUGAAAUUGUUAAGGUGACACUGUAUAAAAAUUGUAUGGCCUCGUUUCAGUUUUUACCAAAGAUCGUAUAGUGCCGUGAAGCGGCGCAAGAUGGCGAACUUCACCGUAAAUACACGUACAACGUUGUAA